AUAGUUUCCUAUCACAUAUUUGAGUGAAUCUACCAUUUUUCGUUUAAGCGUUAAAAAGAGUGUAAUAAAAUUACUUUUAAUGUGGUGCUUCUGUUUUAUUUAAAUAUUUGAAAGUUUGCAGAAAGCCAAGACUUAAUUGAUUCAUUUUAUACGGAAGGAAAUAUUUUUAGAUAUGAGGCGUAAAAGUGAAAGGAAUAAAACGAAAGGUUCUCCAGAGAAGAAAGUUGAGAAGCCGACAAGAAAAUCAGCACGUAGACGUGGAAAAAGAGCAACAUCUUCAUCUCCUGAAAGAGAUGAUUCGCAAGAAGACACAACAUCUGAUGCUUCUCUUUCAAGAGAAAAAGAUUUAACUCGGCUUCAAAGUAAGGACGUGAAAGCAGUAGCAGCAGCAGCAGCAGCUCCUGAACAAAGCGAACCAGUAGUUGCAGCUGUAAAUGUUGAGGAAAAGGACUCUUCGCCAGAAACCGAGGACAAUGGUUCCGUGUGGAAAGUGGCUAGAGCUGACGCAUCGCCAGGUGAAAUACAAAAGCUCAAGUUAUGCAGACAGCGCAAUAUCUCGGAAACAUCAGACAAUUCGUCGAAUAGGAAAAAGUCACACAAGUGGCAGGGGAGUGGUGAGGGAACUGCGGAGGAGAUUGACUCGAACGACGAGCGACUGAACUCUCCUCAAGUAGAGUUCAGCGACAAGCGACCAGACGAUGUCUCCUCUUUAUCCCUAGGUCAGGACUCCAACCAAGAGGUAAGUGAUUACAAGGAGGCCCUACCUGAAUCCACUUCAGCCAACUUGUCUGACGAUAAACCCAACAUAGAUCUACAAGGCGAUAUAAAUGAGGCAAGUUGUUUCACCCUCGAUAUCAUGAGCGAACCCACUGGCACAUCUACAGAUCCCACCUUUUGCGGACAACUCGUCGACCCGGAUGUCUUAGAACUAAAGGAAAUGGGAGAAAAUGAGGAUAAUCAGGAACAACAACAGCAACAACAACAGGAGGAUGCAGAAGCCGAAGCAAAAGAAGAACUGGUUUCGCCGGCGUUGGUGGAUGAAACUCCUGUCGAUUCCAAUUUGGAAUCGAAGGAAGGAAACAAUGAUAUUCUACCCGAACAGCAAGAGGUUCCUCAAACGGAGGAGAAAAUUUCAUCAGAGCAAGUUCCGGAAGCGAAAGAAGAAAUAUUUCAAGAUUCAAAAGUACAUCUUUCCCCAAAGGAAGAACUUGUUUCAGACGAUGUUGUUCUUCCUAAAGAAGAAUGUCAAACACAAGAACCGGAAAGAGAAGUUUUACCAACAGUAAUGGAAAUUGCAAAAAGCAGUGUGACUACACCUCAAAGAGAUCAGGAAUCACCUCAAAAGGAAGACGUUGUCACGUUUGAAAAGGACGAUCGCAAUGAUUCAAGUAGCGAUGAAGAUCAGGUGAAAGUUCAUUCGGACUCAAAUUCAAUAGAUGAAGCACAAAUGAAUGUACGAUCAAGUAUAAGAGCAUCAUCUCGUUCCAAUCGUCGAAAAAAUCGUAGUAAAUAUCGCGAAUCUUCCUAUUCUGAUACUCCUGAAUCAGAAGACGAUCCGUCCUUGGAAAGAAAAUCAAAACAACCAGAUACUCCUGAAGAGGAGGAGGAGGAAGAGGAAGAGGAAUUGCCAUUAUCAAGAGAUAGAAGUCGCUCAAAAUCAUUAGUACCAAAUGAUAAUUCAUCUUUAUUAAACAGUAAAGAAAGAGAGGAACAGGUUGAUGAAGAAAAUGAAAAGAACGAUAACAAUUCAAGCCAUGCAUCAAAUAUUCAUUUAGAGGCAAUUACAUCUAGUCAAAAACCGGCAAAAAUCAACUUAAAAAGAACAUUUGGUACUCGCAACUCUGCAGAUGAAAUUAAAGUUGAAGAAAGCAAUCUAUGUGAAAAAAUUGAUUCAAGUCCAGUUAAGACAAAUCAUACAAGUGAAAAAACAGAACAAAAACGAGUUCCUAAAAGACGAAGGUGGGGAACAGUUCUUUCAACAGACACCAGUAUUGAAUUUUCCGUCUCUACGGAUUCUUUAAAGGUAUUAGUACCAGGAGCUAAACCACUGUCAAUAACUGAAGUGCGUCUUUCAAAAGACGUCGAAGAAGAACAGUUUCGAGAUAAAAGUCGUGACAAACAUAAUACAAGUGAUAGUAAUGGUGAAUAUAUUGUUCGAGAAGAAACUAUUGCUUCAAAAAAUGAAGGUUCCAGAAAAGGAGAUACAAAAGCCGACAAUCACAUGGGUUCAAGGCGAAAAAUAUCUGUAGUAAAAGACAUUCCUCAAACGAUGUUGACAAGUCCAUCUAUAGUGAAAGUAACAAAUGUACUUUUGAUAAAGAAUUUAGUGCGCCCGUUCACUCUAACUCAAAUUAAAGAACUUCUUUCUCGCACUGGAACCAUUUUGGAGAAUGGUUUCUGGAUGGAUAGAAUUAAAUCGAAAUGUUACGUUCAGUAUAGUAACGAAGAUCAAGCUUUUGAGACAAGACAGGCAUUGCAUGGAAUUUCUUGGCCACUGUCAAAUCCAAAAAAGUUACAAGUGGAAUAUGCAACAAAGGAAGACAUGGAGUUGGCUCAAGAAUCUUCUCAAGAUGUAAACAAUUCUCGCAAGGAUGAUUCCUUUGGGCAGACAGAUUCUUGGCAGCACGAUUGGAUACGCGAGGAAAGAAAUCAAACUGGAGGAGUAAAAGUAACGGUGGUGCGAGAAUGGGAUUUGGGAAAAGAAGAUGGCCAACAGCAUGUUUUGAAAGACGAUCGAGAAAAAAAAGAAAUGGAGAAAAAGAAGAGGCAAAGAAGUCAAUCUCCAGUCACAGAAAUUCAUUUGCCAGCGCCAGCACGGAAAUUUAAGAAAAAAGAAGAUGAGCCUCCUCCGGCAAAACUCUUGGAUGAUCUCUUUAGAAAAACAAAAGCUACUCCUUGCAUAUAUUGGCUACCACUCACCAACGAACAGAUCGUAGUAAAGGAGGAAAUGAGAAGGCAGCAUAUGGCUGAACAUGCACGCAGGCUUGAAGAAAUGAGGCGAGCUGAGAGAAAUAGAGAUCAUCGACGUCGACGAACUCCUAGAAAAUAGAAAAAAGAAAAUUGUUUCAUUUAUCACAACUAAAGACCCUUUAAAGCCAGA